AUGGCUAUGUCCUGCCCUGGACGAGCUUGGGCGGGGCUAGCAGGCUCGCAGCCACCCCUGCAAGCCAUGGUUACAGAUCGCCCUGGUGGAUCUGCGCCUGGGCUGCCAGUGCUGCAGGGCACCAGCGCGCCUGCUGGAGGAGUCGCGUUGGGAGCAGCAUGCCCACCACACGCUGUCAACCAGACUGCGCUGGACGCUCGGCAUUGCGCGACGGCUGGCCUUUGUUCAUGCGCCGGUCUGGUUCGCUGCCCCCUCCCCCCUCGACCCUGCGCGGCUCCACCGCGGCCACACUGUCGCCGUGUUGCUGGGUCUGGGAACACCUCCUGCAAACACGCUUGGCGUCGACGCGUGAGCCUCGCCCGCGAGCAGCAGCGAGGCCCAGCAGCCCAGCAAGGCCCAGCAGAGGCCCAGCAGAGACCCAGCAGAGGCCCAAUGCGCGCUGCCAGCAUGCCCGGCGCUGUAGCAGUAGCGUUUCAUGCACGAGAGGGUCAGGCUGCGAACGCACGGCUGAUUCGUUUCUCUGUGCCAAAUCAUCAAACCGCAGUCGAACCUCUGCAGCAUCAGCGCUGCUUGCUGCUUUGCGGUUCCCAGACUGGUGUCGCGGCUGGGCCUGCGCGUGCACUGUGCGCACGACCACAGUCAUUUGCUCUACCAGACGUGCUCAGGGGCGGUUAUUUCGAGCAGCGUCCAUCCUCGAACAGGACAUUGCUCCCUAUGCGGGCGCCCGCCGUUCGGCAGCGUGUCCAGGAUUGCCGCAUCUGGGCGAUCAUCCACUCGCUCCAGCCUCACUUGUCGAUCACUCAGCAAGUCCUCUUUCUCCGCACCUCAAGCACUGAAGUCCGCGUUGCCGCGCGCGACCGAGAGUUCGUCAGCAACGUCUCGCAGGAGCCGAGUUGCAGGGCCAUGCAGUAG